GGACGGCCGCCCCCCGUCUCCCUGGCAACACCCUUGCUCCUAUCAGCUGAGGGCGCAAGAUGGCGGCGGCCGUGGUGGCGCUGGCGCUCGCGGGGCCUUUCGGGCGCCGCGGCGGCCACUCGCUGCUGCGCCCGCUGCAGGUCUGCCAUAGAGCUUAUGCAGCGGCAGCAGUGGCACCUACUGCACAAGGUUCCGCAAGGGUGAAGAAGUUUGCAGUGUAUCGGUGGAACCCGGACAACCCAGGGGAGAAACCUCGGAUGCAGACGUAUGAAAUAGACCUGAACAAAUGUGGGCCGAUGGUUCUUGAUGCCCUGAUCAAGAUUAAAAAUGAAAUGGACUCCACUCUGACUUUCCGCAGGUCCUGCAGAGAAGGCAUCUGCGGCUCCUGCGCUAUGAACAUCGGAGGAGGCAACACUUUGGCCUGCACCAAGAGGAUUGACACGGACCUUGGCAAGGUCACCAAAAUCUACCCCCUCCCCCACAUGUAUGUGGUGAAGGACCUGGUCCCUGACUUAAGCAACUUCUAUGCCCAAUACAAGGCUAUUCAGCCUUAUCUGAGGAAGAAGGAUGAGACCAACCAAGGCAAAGAGCAAUACCUGCAGUCCAUAGAAGACCGGGAGAAGCUGGAUGGGCUCUACGAGUGCAUCCUCUGUGCCUGCUGCAGCACCAGCUGUCCCAGCUACUGGUGGAACGGAGACAAGUACCUGGGGCCGGCCGUGCUCAUGCAGGCCUACCGGUGGAUGAUUGACUCCCGGGAUGAUUACACAGAAGAGCGGCUGGCCCAGCUCCAGGACCCUUUCUCACUCUACCGCUGUCACACAAUCAUGAACUGCACCAAGACCUGCCCCAAGGGACUGAACCCUGGGAAAGCCAUCGCUGAGAUCAAGAAAAUGAUGGCCACAUACAAAGAGGCAGCUGCCACAGCGUGACCGCUUGAAGCUGGUUAACGUCUGUCUAGGUUGUCUGUCGGGUGCCAGACCUUGGCACAGUUUGGAGAAUGUUCUGUGUAGGUAGGACGAAUAAAAUGCUCCUUCGUUAACAAA